AUGGCAUCAAAGCGGAUCUUGAAGGAAUUGAAGGAUUUACAGAAGGAUCCUCCUACAUCUUGCAGCGCUGGCCCUGUUGCCGAAGACAUGUUUCACUGGCAGGCAACAAUCAUGGGUCCACCCGACAGUCCUUAUGCUGGGGGUGUUUUCCUGGUGACCAUCCAUUUUCCUCCAGAUUAUCCCUUUAAGCCUCCCAAGGUGGCAUUUAGAACAAAGGUAUUCCAUCCCAAUAUCAAUAGCAAUGGAAGCAUUUGCCUAGACAUCUUGAAGGAACAAUGGAGUCCUGCGCUGACAAUAUCCAAGGUGUUGCUAUCAAUUUGUUCUUUGCUGACGGACCCAAACCCCGAUGAUCCAUUGGUGCCUGAGAUUGCUCACAUGUACAAAACGGACAGGAACAAGUACGAGACAACUGCAAGGAGCUGGACCCAGAAGUACGCCAUGGGCUAACGAGCUUUGUCGUGUGUAAGGGGAAACACCAUGUUUCUUUUUUAAUUUUUUUCCAUAUAUUCUGGUUUUUUAAAGGAAAGGUCUAUGCAUGCAUGUUUGUUCUGUCACUUGAAGCCUAAAGUGAACAUGAAGGAUUCAACAACAAUGGAUAAAUGCAAAUUUGGAACCGUGAAACUGUCCUAAAUCUGAAAAUGUUGACAAUUCUCCCU